UUCAACACACGUGUAAAUUGAUAAGGCACUUCAAACAGGACUGUCAUAGAACCUGGACGUGUUAUGUUGUUGACUUCUCGCUUUACGUACGUAGCAACCUGCUGCAUCUCUCAUCAUUUUCUGUUCAUCUCAAAGAAAAAGAACACCUAUCAGUCUGUUUCCUGACAUUACAUCAAUGCAGAUGAAGAAUAUUUUUCUUUGAUUCUUACUCUUGGGAGUGUCUUCGGCAACUCUCCGCGUGUUCUAAAGUUGCUGAAACUAUUCUUUGAUUACCCCAUGGAGAUCUUCGGUUAAGGUUUGGCGCGCUUGGAAACGAUUGUAAGGGGGAAACUUUUGAAGUCGUCUUGAGGACCACCACUGGAUUAUCUUCAGAUUUUCUCACCUGAAUACUUGAAAUCAAGAAAGACUUGAAAACUAUCAAGAUCAAUGAUCAGACGUCACCUUUAGUUUGAACUCGUGACCACGGCCCGGCGUGCUUGGACUGCCGCUCCCUAACGUAUAGCGAAUAAGGUCGUGGUGAAAACAUCUUUCUACGCUAUCAAGGACAAUAUUAUAACAGCAGAUAUCAUAAUGGACCUCUCCUUAUUCUUACCAGUUAUUAUCAUAUUCACGGAAAUUCUCCUGACUUUCUGCUCAGAAGCACAAUCCUCUAGCCGGGUUGGUAGACGAUCACGACCAGGGUCUCUCGACGGACGCCGAGGCGAGAUGGAUGAUGAUUUAGACAUCGUGGAUGCUGAACUGUCCGUGGUCAUUGGACGUCGUCGACCGACUGAUAACCGAAGACCUGGAGAUCGUGACAUGGCUUUAGCAAGCUUAGAGAUUCUCGUAGCUGGCGAAAGGACUGAACAGCCAACAACGACCACAGAGAAGACCAACCAUGCUACACGGCGCCCUCUGCCUCUAUGUCAGAACGGUGGUAUCAGACUCCUUGGUAGUUUCUGCUACUGUCCUCCCAAGUUCAUGGGAAGAUACUGCGAGAUCUACCGGUAUAACAGCAGCUGCGGACGCGUACCACACGGAAGAUGGGUUUAUCUGAACUGUAAUAGCUGUCAUUGUGUGGCUGGUGUGCUCAAAUGCCAACCUCAUCCUAUGCCUGGCUGUGAUAUUAAAGAAGAGGAGCAAACCACAAUCUCACUACCCGAUAAGCUACCAGACCUUGAUAUCAUUCUUAAUGAUGAUGACGAUGAUACUCACUUGGUGUUGGCGUACAACAACAGCGCCCCCAGACGGUGUUAUCAUACCGGGACAAUAAUCUCAUCGUUGAUGGCGAUAUUGUUAAUAAGUCAGCUUCUCGUCAGAACACCGGAUAGAUAGUAAAUCAUGUAGUCUAUAGAGAGAACAUUGUAAAUAGAUGUAAAAAA